AUGAAAUACAGUUGGCGACAACGGCCUGUGGAAAAUCAAGCUUUGUGGUGCCACAUUUUAGAAAAGCUUAUGGUUUUUAAUUUAAUAAAUGGUUACAUGGUUGAAGCAAAAUGGUGCCAUGAGGGCUACAUUCCAACAUAUGAUGAAUACAAAGUUAACGGAAUUUUCACUUCUUGUUUCCCCCUUUUCAUCACAGCGUUUAUUGGCUUUGGAGAAUUUGCAACAGAAGAAACGUUCGAUUGGAUUUCUAGUGAUCCAAAUAUCAUUCAAGCUGCAUCAAUUAUUGGCAGAGUGUUGGAUGACAUGGCUUCACAUAAGUUUGAACAGCAAAGAGUACAUGUUGCCUCAGCAGUUGAAUGUUGCAUGAAGCAACACGGCAUUUCAGAAGCAGAGGCCUAUUACUUUAUUCACAAUGAUGUGAAAGACUGCUGGAAGGUUAUAAAUGAAGAGUUUAUCCAGUCAAACGAUAUCUCAAAAUCUGUGCUUGAAUUCGUAGUUAAUUUGGCACGUAUAUCUGAGGCUUCGUACGAAAAUCAUCAGGAUAAAUAUACACAUGGAGAAUUACUGAAAGAUUACAUCUCUUCGUUGCUUUUGGAUCCACUUUCCCUUGAUCUAGAUGAGUAA